AUGCUUAUUUCAUCGUUUGCUCUUUGCCGCGUAAAAUUAUUGCUAUCGCUAACGGCAGUAGUAGUUUCACUACAAUUUCUUGUGUUAGUCGUCGAUCAAGUUUGGUUACACGAUGACGUUGUAAAAGAUUGUACUACAGAGAAAAUUGCAGGUAUUGUGAAAGAUCUUUGUGCUUCAAUGCCAUAAUAGUUCAAAUUGUUGCCCUGUAUACUUUAUUUCUUUGGUUAAAACGAAGAACCCAACAACGCGAAUCCAGAUAUUUUUGAAACCCCAUAUUUACUAUUUACACGAAUAAACCGCAUUCACUGGUUUUGCUAGACGGAAAGGCAAUUAGUGUAAGAAAAAAUUGAGAGUUUCAAAAAUUCCCAGAUUUGUGUACACACGGCGUAAAAAAUACUUUCGGUCAGGCCAUGAAACCAUAUAAAAUUUGAGAGCAAAAUGCUUCUUUUCUAAAAGCCGGUUAAUAAGCAGUUAUAACUGACUUUCAAAAGUUGGCAGGGUAUUGUGCAGUAGUUAAUUCCACCAGAACGAAAUGGAUAAAGGUUGACCGUUUUUUAAUCUUUUUAAUCGACUUUGAGUAAGCAAGUGGUUUUAGAACCUUAACAUAGCUAUAGCCAGAACUAUGAAUCACUGAUUUCCCAUGGUAGCCUUAUUUAGUCUUUAUAUUUCGUGCUGAUUUCAAGCGACUAGUGUAUAAUAUGCAUUUGGUUCAUAAUUUAUUGACGUACAUUAUACAAACUUUAAAACUCUCAAUUGUAGGUGUGAAGGCUUCAGUAUCAAAUAAAUGAGGGAUGUCAGUGUUAUUCACCUUUUUCUUUUUGUUGCUAGUAAAUAUACCGUCAUAUCACUCGCCCAGUCGCCCUGGUAUUUUUUUAUUAUUAUUUAUUUUCACAAAACGCCUUUCAUUUCCUAUCCUACUGGAUUUUGUCGACUCCUAGUAGACAUCAUAAAAGUAUAAAUAUUCGAAAAUUAUCUGACAUUUCGUGUUCAGUACAGUGAACUUCUAAUACGUUUUUUAACACUUUUCUUAAUUUAUAAUCCAGUCAGAUUAAAAUUUGAAAACUGUGCGUUAACGUUAUGUUUUCACUGGCGUUUCUAAAAUGUUUCAAAUUGUCUGCCUGAAGCUGAAGGUUCGCGUGUUUUUUUGCGGUGAACGCUGGAAAGGACACGAAACAAAACUUCCUGAUUGUUACUGCGCCGGGUAGGAAUAAUUUAAUACCUACAAAGGAACCUCGAUCUAACGAACCUCUAUGUAGCGGAGUCCUUGGUAUGAUAACGAAUAAUAGUUAUUUAUAAUUAAUAAAAUGUGUAGGAAUGAACCUCGAUAUAACGAAACCUCAGUAUUUAUAGCGAACAGAUUUUGUUUCGUUAGUCAAGGCUCCACUAAACCAUCCGAAGGCUACUGAAGAACAUACAAACAUCGAUGUUCUGUCUUGUUCGUUUACCAGUAAUGUCAUUACAUGAUACAAGCGCGCUUAACAUUUUUGAAGUUUUUAUAUUACAUUUUUAAAGUAUAAUAAUACCUUUUCACAGGAACUGGCUACCAAGUCAACAAAAACGAACGACGUACCGCUUCCCCUCAAGAAAUUAAAGAAAUGGAAACCGACGUCUAUUCACACGAGAAAGAAUUUGAAAAUGCUGUUAAUAGAACUAACCCCGAAAUACAAACGUCAGGGGAAACUUAUCAAAUAAUAAAUCAAACGGAAGGUAUCUCUAAUCGAAAAACAAGAAACAACCUUACGACAGAAACUACUACAAAUGAGCAACAGACAUCUAGAAAUACAGAUGAAAAGACAGUGAAGGACUUCACAGAAAGAGCGGUAAAUAAGGAAAUGAGUCAAGAUAGUGCUAUACAGAAAGAAUAUAACUGUAGGCAACUUAGAGAGAGGCAAUCGGUGAGUAUACAUAACAUGAAUGGAAAUAUAGGAAAUGAGUCGUAUUUUGAACUGUGGAUAAAGAUAUGGAAGUGGAAAUGAUCCUCGCAGUUGAAUAAACAACCUAAGCGGUUGGAAAAUAACCUGAAGAUUCAGCCGGCUUGACCGGAAAUCGAACCAUGAUCUUUGCGAUGACCGGGAGCAACGCUCUAUCCAGCCAACUGGAGAGCGAGCCAUUGUGAGUUCGUAAUACCCGUUGGUGCAGCCUCGUACCCAGGUCAGUUCGCGCUAUCUGAGUUACCAGAGAAGCGAAUUUUCCCUACUAGCUUGACAGGUGACGUCACUUCCGAAAUCGUCGAGGACGACUGGGAACGAGGCUGCCGUUGGUGAAAAUGACAUGAAAUGACUCAUUUUUUGAACUGCAGAUAAAGAAUUUAAAAUUGGCUUGAUUCGGUUUCACGGAUAGAGCGUUGCGCACGGUCAUCGCAAAGAUCAGUGUUCGAUGCCGGGUCAAACCUGGAUUUUUCCAGGGUCUUUUUUAACCGCUUGGGUUGUUUAUUCAACUGCGAGAACCACGGCGUAUUUUUUGAACCGGUCUGCUAUCAUGAUAGGUUUUCCUUACCCCCCACCCCCCUGUGUAACCUGUGUAACAAGUCCAAACAUCUUUUCGUUUUAUCUUCUUUGUCGUAUUUCAAAUGUCGUGCUACUGCAGCCGUGCCAAACUGGCUUGACUGUAGCGGGACUGUAGCACGACUAGGAGACCCCGUAGAAACUUCAAGUCGCUUUUGUCUUUGCUGUUUAAAAUAUUUAUAGACCCCGUACCGCCAGUCUUACGGACCUGUUCACUUCUCCUGACUCUAUGAUGAAUAGGAGGCGGAAACAUCAGAGGCGGAAAAUAAUGUCAAGACGACGUUGAUCGCACCUAUUUUACUGAGCUUGGUCUUUGUGAGUAAGCUGUGGGGACAUAGCGAUAGCUUCAUCCUUCUUAGGGAGCCGCCAUGUUAGUCUAAAAGUGGUUAGCCUGUGCUAGGCUAUCAGAACUUAAAGAAUUUUUUGUUAUAUUUAGUAAUUUUUAAAAGUUCAACAUAAAAGUGUUUGAUUUUUAGGUGAAUGGUUAUCUCAACAUGCACACGUGGUAUGGCUGGUGUGGUAUGGCGGUUGAUGAUUUGCGUAGAGAACCACUUUUCCCAUUCAAACCUCAUGUAAGUCAGGCAGCAACAAGUUACAUGGUUACAGCAGUGUAUCCAAGACGAUGCUUACAGUUCUAUAUUUUACUAGUUCUUUCAACUUGAAGGCUAGGACAUACAUAUACAUACAUUGUUUACAGGAGGUAGCCAUUGCGACACCUGAAGGAGGGACAUGAGGUUAAUAACCCUAUAUUAAUAAAGGCCUGAUCGCAGUUAAAAGUGUCUACGAUUAAAAUCUUGCCAUAUGCUAGCAAACGAUACAGUUGGUAGAAACUCCAAAUUUUUCCGGCGUGGGGGGAACUUGGGUUAAUGUUUGCUGGGUAUGUGCCGCUGGUCUCUCAGAGCCCCUAACCCAUUUUAGUCUAUUUUUUGGCCAGUUAUAGACGCCAUCUUAGUCACUUUUUGGAAAAUGUAAUUUUCGCGAUCCCGACUUAGUCACUUUCUAUUUAUGCAUCUACCUUGUCAAUGUAGUUUCAAGCGGCGGAAUGUAAUGCGGUCAGUGCGAGCUUAUUGUUAAAUUUCAUAAACAACAACUUCCUGAUUUUUUAACCGAGAAUCUUUCAUUUUGAAUCCCUACUUACCGCAAAAAUCCGAAAAUUUGCAACCCCAUUCUAGUAAAUCUAUUGAAAAUGCGACCCCAUUAUAGUCAAUCCAGUCGUGAAAAUGCGACCCCAUCCAGCGGCACAUCCCUAUUCGCCUCUUGUAAGGGAGUACCCCCCGAGACAUUUUUCAGCUCUGUUUUCUCUUUUUUAAUUUCUUGUUAGGUAAAUGAUCGUCUCGGAAGAUUUGCAACAAACGUAACCGUGAAAAGAAAAAAUACUGGGAGACGAAUAUUUGGCUACGUUCAUCCUAGAAUUACAGGUAUGAAAAAAUGUUUUCAAAUAUUUUCGGUGACGAUGUAAGCGACAGCCGGAACUGGAGUAAAUCGCAACAUUUUUGGUACAGUCAAAUCUCUACUAACGUACCCCUUUGCUUGAGCAAACAGUGCUUGCGCAUGCGCUGAUUGACCGAGUUGACCCGACUAGGCGAGCCAUGAAAGUGUUUGUAUGGAGGACAGUUGGUCCUGCUAGGAAGGUGAUUCUACAAUCAAAAAAGGUGACCCGAUUAGGCGGGGUCACGCUUCUAGCCGAGCCAACUUCUAGUUUCUCAUGUAAACAGUUACCAAUUUUUGUAAGGAAAUACAGGAAAAGUUGGAUCACCCGGGAUAGUUCGGGUGCCGGAAGAGUGCCUAUUCUACCCAGGACAAUAUAAAAGGCGCUUUAUUCAUGGAGUUCAACUGCACUUUUAAAAAGUAUCGCACGUUAACGUUAACAGUUCUAAUCAAGGCAUCAUAAUCUGCGUCAUGAUUUUUUUAUUUUUUUUUUUUUAACUUUCUUUAGGUGAUUACGUAUUCGCCAUAAGUUCCGCUGAUGGUUCGGAAUUGUGGCUAAGUACCGACGAUGAUCCACAUAAUUCCAGGAAAAUUGCUUAUCUCGGAGAGGUAAGAAAGAUCAAAGACUUUUGAACAAGUUAAUAACUACAAUACUAAACAAAAAUCCUUGGGACAGUAACGCAGUAUUCAAAAUUUUCGGUAAUUUCUGGGUGCCCUCAUUAAACAGUGCAUCCUUUUCGAAUUUUUCUUGCAGUUCUCCCUUCCCCCACCCUACACAAUGUUGAAACUGGGAAAACAUUCUUGAUAGACAUGUCCAACGUUCUUUGUGGGGUGGGAGAGGGGCUGGGUAAGUGUGAAUUGAAAAUAGCUCCACAAAUGCAAAAUUGUCCCAAGACUUUUGUCCAUGAUUGUAGAUAAGGGGGACUUGUUUUCCUGUUUUCACCAUUCACACUACAGAGUAAUCAGAAAAUUGUUUGUUUGUUUGUUUGUUUGUUUUUUUCGUUUUUUUUUUUUACGGCAGCCUGGAAACGAUUAUGCAGCAUCAACUCGCUUUGCUGAAUUCAGGUCAAGACAAUCUCAAAUUUCCGACAAAAUCAGGUAAGUACGCUUGAUUAUGACAAAAUGAUCAUUUACUAAAGCGAUUUUAAAAGGAGUAUUUUGCCAACCGCUUACUAAUAAUGCUUUGAUUUCCUUUUGCGCUGAGAGAAUCACAUUUGGCUUUGCUGUUCUACAGGUUAGCUGGAGAAAAUGUUUAUUACAUCGAAGUUCUUCAAAAGCAAAAGCGCGGAAUUCUUGAUCAUGUAGAAGUGGCGGUGAGUUUUAAACGUACUUUAAUCAAUUUUCUUCUAACAAAAAGGAAUAACUUUUCAACGCAUAGAGGACGAAAGAGGCUACAACUUUGCAUGUAUUGCGGACCUAUGCAUGUCAUAUGUAUCAAACCAGGUGGACCCAGGAUUCAAAAACUAAACAAUAGCCCUGGGGCUUGUAAUUAAUUUGGUUAAUUAUUCUAGCUUUUUUAGGAAUGAAAAAACUAACGGCGCUUGGAAUACAGUCUGAAAGCAAAUCUGUUUCAAAAAAAUCGGUCUAUAAUGCGCUAAUGCAUGUACUUUCAGUGUUAAAGUGCGCCUUCUGUAUGGUGAUAAUGAUCAAUUGGGGUAAUGAGGGUCAGUUCUAGAUAGACUAAACUGGAGACUCUGUCCGUAUUUGUAAGCUUAACCAUACAAGAAGAUAAAAAAAGUGAGAGAAGAUUCAUGCUUAAAAAAGCUAUGUUCGGACUUGUUAAAGUUUCCACCUGUAUGAACCGUCCAGAAUCGGCUGAAUUCACAAUGGAUGGACUUCAACUUAAAAAGACAGGAAGACUACUGAUAAAAGACUUUGUUACUCCCAUUCUCCGCAAAAUAUUUACGUUCAUUUCAAUGUUCAUCCUUGGUAAAGAGUCAGAAAAAUGUAGGAAAAGGUAAAACGAGCGUUUCAUCUUACUAGAUUUCCCAUUUCUUGUUGUUUACGUUAUCUUUAAACCUUUUUCUGAGGUCAAACGUGCGAGGUAAUCUUUCUGUCUUUUUAGUGAGGUUUCAUUUACCGUGAAGUGAAAAUAGGAGCAUAUUUUUUGAGAAAAACCUCGAGUUUGAACUUUAAAAAUGAAUUCCUUAGCUUUGAAGUACUUUGCUAAGCUUUGCCUUUUCUUUUUUGACCGCGUUUUCGCUCCACAGUGGCAAAUUCCAGGCAAAGAACAACUGGAAAUUAUUGAUUCGAAAUAUAUUUCUCAAUACAUAGGUAAGUAAAAUAAUAGAAUCGAUUUACUUGCUGGUGUUGAACACCAAUAAAGUUUUCAUGAAUAUAAAUGUUAUAUCUUUCUUAGUUCAUGAUCAUCUUUCCAUUUCUUGGUAGAUUAUGCAGCUGAUGAGGCAGAAAUCAAAGCUCGGAAGAAAUGCAUCUGUAAAGAUCACCCCACUCUUCCUUUUGGGUUCAAUAAGGUGAUUUUAAAAGAUUUCAUGCGCAUUAUUUUUUCGCGGGACCUUUUUUCGUCAAAUUCAUGCUGUACUUAAUAGGGAGCUUUAGCAACGACGACGGCGACGGCAAUAAGAACGUCAAAAAAGCAAUAGGUUUAAUAAUCAUGACAACAGUUUUGCACGUGCAGCACGCAUUUUGUAAAUUUCUUUGCCGUCACUGUACGGUUACGACGCAAAAAUGCCUAAUUUCACGUUUUAUGGAGGACGAACACAAGCGACGACGAAUUUUUUCUCUCUUUCUAAACUUGACUGCGGUCGCCAAGGAUUCAACUCCAAGGAAAUUUGCCUGCAUUUGACAUUUUCAGCUGAAUUGGACUACAUGCGCCAAAGUUUGAAAAAACGCGAAUUCAUUUCAAAAGUGACUUUUUCGCUUUCUUCUCCGUCUUCGAUGCUAAGGCUGUCUAAUUUAUCUACAAGAUCCUCUCGGCCUUAGCUUUCACGAGUCUUCUGGACUAGUGAAACCAGAGGGUCUUACGGUUCGGUCAAUCGGCAUGUCACGAUCGGGAGACAAAAAAGCGAAAAAGCGCUCCCACCUGAUUCUCCCACGGGAGGUCAUUAGCUUCGAACCCUGUUGCAUUGGGAACUCAACGUUUUUGCUUCGUUUCACUUUCGUAACAUGCUGAUUAUCGCUUCAUCUUUUACAGUCAUUUAGCGAUCAAGCUUAAAAUUUGCCAUCUUUUGGCCAUAUUUUUAUCAUAGGGCUACCAUUGUUCUUUAUAAUAGGGUACAGCCGAUAGAACUUUACUGUUUUACCUGACAACGACUUCCAACAACUAAAUUUCAUUUACAGUUUAUGAGUCAUGACAAGUACGACAUAAGAGAAGACUUCCAUUCACGCGGUGAGAUAAAAGUUAUCUUGUCAUCCUUUCAUCUUUUGCACUAUUUUAAGAGUACAAUUAACCUACCCAUACCUAGGUAGGGUUGUCUUGCACCCAGAAAACACUGUGACUCAAACACUGGACGCAAAGAUCCUUCUUAAGAUACCACACGGGAGCAUUAACAGCAAUAAGGAAACCCUGGGGGAUGAGACUGAGAAUCAUCGUCUUCCCAGGACUUUG